AAUUGAGAGCGGAAUAAUUGUGAGGGGAUUAUCUUUUCGCAGUAAUGAUUUGAACCUCGGGAACCACAUUGAAAAAAAAAAAAAGAACAAAAUAAUAAUCCUAAUUGGGGUACAUCUAUAUAAGCUGAAUUAUUGUGAUAAAAUCAGGAACCACAUCUUAUUCUUUUAGAAUUGCUAUGAGACUGACUUUGUUAAAGACAUUUCCUCGUAUAUAUUUGGCUAUGGGCUAUAAUAAAACUGCUGCUUUAAGGUUAUCGUUGACCAACCAACAUAUAUCACCUGUCAGGUUAAAUUCUACAUCAGCUAAUUCGGCAGCAACAAUUGCAAAUAUUGGUAAUAUCAAUCAAGGAACAAAAUACACUACUGAUUUUAAAAACUAUGCUAUUGAUAAGAACACAGGCAGUGUGAUCUCUUACUUCCAUGAUAUCCCAUUAGAUUUAAAUGUCGAGAAAAGAGAAGCUAAUAUGAUUGUGGAGAUUCCUCGAUGGUCCAAUGCAAAAUUUGAAAUAAGUACAUCCUUACCAGGUAAUCCUAUUGUUCAAGAUGUUAAGAAAGGUGAGGUAAGGUUCGUCAAGAACUUGUUUCCUUAUCACGGUUAUAUUCAUAAUUAUGGAGCUUUCCCUCAAACAUGGGAAGAUCCCACAACUAAAAAUGAAUCUAUCAACCUCUAUGGAGAUAAUGAUCCCCUCGAUGUCUGUGAAAUAGGAUCAAACAUAAUUUCAACAGGUACUGUUAAGAGGGUGAAGAUAUUGGGAAGCAUUGCACUUAUAGAUGAUGGCGAACUUGAUUGGAAAGUAAUCGUUGUCGACAUUGAAGAUCCUUUGGCUAAAGAGGUAUUUGAUAUUCACCAUCUUUUCCUUAAAACACCAGGUUUAUUGGAAAGUACUCGAAGUUGGUUUAGAGAUUAUAAAUUAGCUGAUGGUAAACCUCAGAAUGAAUUCGCUUUUAAUGGAAAAUAUAAAAAUCUGCAAGAGACAAUUGAAAUCAUUCAAGAAUGUAAUCAAAGUUGGAAGAGAUUAAUAAAUGGUCAAGUUAAGGGUGAUAAGUUACCUACUACAGAAAAUGUAAGGUGUAAGGGUACUCCAAAUUUCAAAUCUUCAUUUGAAGACAUACUGCUCAAAUCUAGCAGUACAGAGUCAGUUGUACCUUCAAUAGUUCAGAAAAUUUAUUAUAUUCCAACAGAGUAAACGUAUUUAUUAUAUGGUUUAUUUAUUACCAGAAGUACUUAAAAUAUAUUGUCAUAGUAUUUAAUACAAGAUAUGUUGCAUGCCGAUCAUAAGUAGCAUUUGAGAAACUACAAGUUCACUCUUCAAUGAGCCUUAUUACGUCAAUUUAUGAAAAGCUCAAAUAGUAUAUGAAUAAUAUUUUGGUACCGAGCUGUAGUUUUUCUUCGUAUGUUAACUUAUGUAGCAAUGUGUAUGCUAUGCAUAUCAUCUUUAUAUAAAACACUAAUACAAGAAGAAAGGCGAAUGGUAUAUUUUGUCCAAAAUAAUUCUAGCUUCCAUUUCUAUUUCCUCAUCCACGGUUUCGAAAUCGAUUUCUUCAUUGGCAGGAUUAAUCUCCUCUUCUUCGAUUUGUAAUCUUCC